AGUGAUCGAGAGGCAGAGACCAAAGGACAGCUAACUGUCUUCCUUCUGGGUACGAGGUGGGCCUGGGGAUGCUUCCCCAGUGAUCCCAUCCCUGUCCCUGGUCAGUACCUGUCUCAGCCGUUGAGCAGUCUGGGCUUGAUUAUUGGAAACACUCUCCAGGCCUGGCCAAGAGUAAGCCCAGUUGGCACCAUCUUUUGAAGAAUAGACCAUGACCCGGGAUGAAGGGCUGCCAGACUCAAAUACCGCCCAGGUGUUCUAUGAGAAGUAUGAACCCAAGGAGAUCCUGGGGAGGGGCGUGAGCAGUGUGGUGAGACGCUGUAUCCACAAGCUGACCAGGAAGGAAUAUGCGGUGAAGAUUAUUGAUAUCACCGCUGGCAGCCUGAACCCCGAAGAGAUUCGGGAGCUGCGGGAUGCCACCAUCAAGGAGAUUGACAUCUUGCGCAAAGUCUCCGGGCACCCCAACGUCAUCCAGCUGAAGGACACUUAUGAGACCAACACUUUCUUCUUCCUGGUGUUUGACCUGAUGAAGAAAGGCGAGCUCUUUGAUUACCUCACUGAAAAGGUCACCUUGAGUGAGAAAGAAACCAGGAAGAUCAUGCGGGCCCUGCUAGAGGUGAUCCACUACCUGCACAAGCUGGGCAUUGUACACCGAGACCUGAAGCCAGAAAACAUCCUCCUAGAUGAUGAUAUGAAUAUUAAACUCACUGACUUUGGAUUCUCCUGCCAGCUGGACCCUGCAGAGAAGCUUCGAGAGGUAUGUGGGACUCCCAGCUACCUGGCCCCUGAAAUCCUUGAGUGCUCCAUGAAUGACAGCCAUCCUGGUUACGGGAAGGAAGUGGACAUGUGGAGCACAGGUGUGAUUAUGUAUACCCUCCUGGCCGGCUCACCCCCUUUCUGGCACCGCAAGCAGAUGCUGAUGUUGAGAAUGAUCAUGAGUGGCAACUACCAGUUUGGCUCCCCAGAGUGGGAUGAUCGAUCAGACACUGUAAAGGACCUUAUCUCCCAACUCCUGGUCCUGAGCCCCCAGAAACGGUACACAGCUGAGGAAGCCCUGGCUCAUCCCUUUUUCCAGCAAUAUGUGGUCGAAGAAGUCCGUCACUUCAGCCCCAGGGGCAAGUUCAAGGUGAUCGCCUUGACCGUGCUCGCCUCGGUCCGAGUAUACUACCAGUACCGGCGCGUGAAGCCGGUGACCCGAGAGAUCGUCCUCCGAGAUCCCUACGCGCUGCGGCCGCUGAGGAAGCUCAUCGAUGCCUGUGCCUUCCGUAUCUAUGGACACUGGGUGAAGAAAGGCCAACAACAGAACCGGGCCGCUCUCUUCGAGAACACUCCCAAGGCUGUGCUCUUCUCCCUGGCUGAGGAGGAAGGCUUCUGAGUGCCGUGGGGAGCCCAAACCCCAGCGCUGUCUGCUUGUGCUGGGUGCCUUUGGCUGACUUACCUGCUUGUUCUGAGCCCCGGGAGCUCCGCAGGGCGCCCUGCUUCUCCCUGUCCUCCCUGGGGAUGUGGAGGUUUGGGGGAGCGCCUGAGGAGACAACCCGAAGGAGGUGGUUCCAUUUGUUUAGAAAUGAGCCCUCUGGCUGAGGGGCACCCCUGGGUGUCUCUUGUGCUGGCUCUAACUCCCUCACUGUCGGGUCUCCCAGGGGAGGAGCAGGGCAUCCCCUUGACUGCUAGUUAGGGGCUCAAUCUGCAGGACCCAGGUGGAGGGCAAGGGGGAAGUCAAGCUGGAAGUGGAGGGCUCUGCCUUUCUGCUCAGACCUCUCUGAAUGAUGCUCCCUGGGGAGCCUGGACCCACCCCCUCCCCCUUAACCUCUGCCCACCUCCAUUCUUCCCCGGUUCUGCCAGAUAGCAUACAAUAGUAGAAAAUGCCCUGGAUUAGGGGUCUGGAGAGCCAGCUUCUAGUCUAGAUUCUUCUAUUGAUCAGCUGUGUGCCCUGCUCCCAGUCACUGCACCAUUCUGAACUUCAGCUUUCCUUGACAGCCAAAUGAGGGGCUUGCACAAGAUCCCAAUCUGGGUGCCACAGAGCUCAGGGGUUGGACACAAUGACCCUGGGGAUUCCAUGAGAAAAUUGAAACGCAAGUGCUAUUUCCCCUCUCAAAUAUGAUACGCUGAGCUAAAAUAUGAAAUCUGCCUGAAAUACAAAAUUACAUAUUAUAAAUAUUAGUUGUUUUUUUUUGGUACAAAGAGGCUUCAUUUAAUCUAUUUUUUUAAGCCCCCCCCCCUUUAUUCUCAGGGACUAUUCCAGAAUGUCAGAUCUUAUUAUGUCCACACACUGGAACAUUAUUUUUGGGGAUCUGACAAUGAAUUUCAUUCAAAUGAGUAGUUCGUAGCUAAAUUAGUUUGAGAAAUUAUGCACUCUAUUGUCUCCAAGGUCCAUUCUAUUUCCAAGAGUUUGUGAUUCUUGGCUAUAAGCUUUGUGGCUCUUUAUUCAAUAGGCAGAUGGGUGUGUUUGCUACACCUGCAUUCAAUACUGGCGCUUGGGUUUCUUGAGUUGGUGGUGGUCCCAUUUCUAUAGGCCUAGAUCAUUCUUCAGCCAAAGUGCUCUUGCCACAGUGGAACUGAGUGGGAGGUAGUGGUGAGGUGACAGAUGGGAUAUAAAAGGGGAGAAUAGUUGUUAUGUGUGGGAGGGUAUAGCCAGGAAAGAGUUGACUUAGCUCCAUCUGUCCUUUGGAGACAAGGCUUUGUUAGCUAAAGCAAUACCAUGGUUUGGAGUCCUGGUAGACCAUAAGGACAGAGGCUAGGGUGGUUUCUCACCUUUGUCUCUUGGCCACUGCUCACAGAUUCCCAGGUCGAUGGUCCAGCUGACAUGAGUGUAGAGCCUGAAGUUGUCCAAGGCAGUCCAGAGUAGAGCCUAUUCUGUCAUCUGAGAGUGAGUAGAGAACAGCCAAUGGGUCGGGACCUGAGAUAGCACUCCCACUCAAACCCUUGGUGUCCAAGCACUCUAAGGCUGAGGGGAGGAAAAUUCCUGUGUAGGAGAUUGUCUUCAUGGAGCUUUGUUUAUCCUUACCUUGAAGCUCAUCCUGGAGUCACAACAGUUUUGACAAUGAUCAACUAAGUUGUGCAUCCUUGGGCAAACCUCUUCCUUAUUAUGAACCUCAGUUUUCCCUUUUGUAAAACAGUGACGGUGGACUAGAUAAUCUAUGUUUCCUUCCAGCUUGAACAUUCUAUGACUCUAAAGUUCAUGUAUAUCACAGGAUUUGGCCAGUAAUGGAACAGAUAAGACUAGAGAUGACUCUGGUGUAGGCCCUCAUCACUUCAUGCCUGCACCAUUGCAAUAGACCACCUAUUGGUCUCUUUGCCUCACGUCUCUCCCCACUCCAGUCUUUCCUCCACUUAGCUGUCAAAUUGAUUUACCUAAAGCCCUAGUCUGACAAUGUCAUUUCCUAGACAGUAAAAAUCAAUGGCUUCCUCUUGCCUCCAGGAUCAAAUGUAAACUCCUUUGUUUGGCUUCUAAAGCCCUUUCUAACCUGCUUCCUUCUACCGUUCUAGUCUUCUUACACCUGACCAUCCCUUCCCACCGUAUACAGUACCCUGUGAUCCAGCGACAUCGGCCUCUUUGCUGUUCCUCUCUCAUGGGACUCCAUCCUCCAACUCUGAAUAUUUCCCUGGCUGUCUCCCAUGCCUAGAACUUUCUCCAUUUUCAUCCCCACCUCCCUGGUUUCCUUCAAGUCUCAGCUAAAGUUCCAUCUUCUGCACGAAGCCAUUUCUGGUACCCCUUAAUGCUGGUGCCUUCUUUCUGCUGGUUAUCUGCCAUUUGUCCUGUAGGGGGUGUCCCAAAAGUCUUUUUGCCAUUUUAAGUUUUAAUAGCUUAAGACUAAAUGAAGGCUUUUGAGACACCCUGUAUAUAAAACACCUUGUUUUUAUUUGGUGGUUUGCAUGUUGGCUUCCAAAUUAAACUGUGAACUCCUUGAGAGCAGAGACUGACUUUUGACUGUCUGCAUCCCCACCACUUAGCACAUAGUAGGCACUUAAUAAAUACCAGUUUCAAACCAAAUACCUUGGUUUGAAUCCUACUUCCAACACUUACUAGCAGCAUGGUCAUGGGUAAAAGUCCCUCACUGUUCUGCAUCUUGGUUUCUCUAAAAUGGGAAUGAUGAUAGUCCUUGUAAUUCCUGCUCUCCUAGGGUUGGUGUGAAACUUACAGGAGGCUGUCUGGUCCAGCAGUUCUCCAGUUGUAGUCCUCCGAGCCUGGAGGGUUUUUUUUGAUGUCAAAACGAUUUUCCUAGUAAUUCUAAGAUGUUAUUUGCCUAUUAAAACACUCCUCCUCUUUCUAAAUACAUAUCGGUGAAAGGCCAGAUUUUCUUCAUAUACUUCAAUUAAAACUACAUAUCACAAUUUCUUGCAAUCACAGCAAGACUGAAUGCAGAGGCACAUAAGAGAAUACAUCUGUCUUCCAUUAAGCCAGACAUUAAAGAGAUUUACAAAAAAUGAGCAAAACCAUGCCACUCUCCUCACUAGAUUUUUUUUUGUUUUGGAAAAUACAAUUAUUUUUCAUAAAAAUGUUAUAUUAACAUGUUAUAGGUUUAUCAUUUUUAAAUGAAUUAAUAAACAUUUUAAACACU